AUUAUGUAGGGAUUCCAGUACACUGAUCUGCUUUCAUUAGUGGUCUUUUCCCUUCCACAGUGAUGCAGUAAUACGGUAGGAUAAGGAAACUGAGUGAUGCAAUGAAGUCAACUCGUGCAUGGCAGCGCCGUAUAAAAGAUAUCCUUCUCGUGUCAGGUUCAAGGCAGCGAUCUCGUCUAAAGAGACCGGUGUGGAUUAUUGUAUUGGUAACAUUUGCAAUCAUAUUCUUGAUAACUGCCUUUAUCUACGCUCCAACGACAUCCGCAGCCUGCUAUAUCUUUUCUUCUAGAGAUUGUACUUCGUUCAACCAGCCAUCAGUAAUUGCUGCCAGGGAGUUAAGUGAUGAAGAGACAAGAUCUCAUGUUGUAAUUAGGGAAAUCCUCAGGACAACUCCUAUCCAAUCCAAGAAUCCAAAAAUUGCUUUCCUGUUUUUGACUUCAGGAACGCUACAUUUUGAGCCACUUUGGGAUAACUUCUUUCGUGGUCAUGAGGGUAGAUUCUCUGUUUAUGUACAUACUUCCAGAGAAAAGCCAGUACACACAAGUCGUUAUUUUAUUGGUCGAGACUUUCAUAGUGAAACGGUUCCCAAGCGCAAAGAAGGGAAAAGGAAGAGGAAAAUUUUAAAGGAUGGGCGGGUGGUUUGGGGGAAAAUUCCCAUGAUAUAUAUCGAGAGGAGGCUGUUGGCACAUUCUCUCUUAGAUGCUGAUAACCAGCAGUUUGUGUUGCUUUCUGAUAGUUGCGUACCACUUCACAACUUUGACUAUGUUUACAAUUACCUGAUGCUCACUAAUAUCAGCUUUAUUGACUGUUUUGUUGAUCACGGUCCACAUGGAACCGGGAGGUAUUCAGAGCGUAUGAUGCCCGAAGUUGAGAAGAAUGCUUUCCGGAAAGGUUCACAGUGGUUCACCAUGAAGCGUCAACAUGCUAUAAUAGUUAUGACGGACAACUUAUAUUACAGAAAAUUCAAGCAUUACUGCAAGCCAAAUAUGAAUGGGCGCAAUUGCUAUGCGGACGAGCACUACUUGCCAACCCUUUUUAACAUGAUUGAUCCUAGUGGAAUCGCAAAUAGAUCAGUCACAUACGUAGAUUGGUCUGAAGGGAAGUGGCAUCCUAGAACAUUUGGGGCCCAAGAUAUAACGUUUGACUUCCUCAAAAACCUUACGUUUAUUGAGGAGAGCAUACAUUUCAGAAGCGAUCGCAAGAGGAGUAUUAAGUGGGCCAUGCUUUUGGAAUUCAAUGAAGAGACCCUGCUAUUUGUUUGCAAGAAAGUUCUAUCCUGAAACCUUGAACAGAUUGAUGAUCCAUUUCUCUAAUUACACCGCAGUAUAAUUAUCUCUAUAUAAUAAGAGGCCUUUG